AUGGUAUUGGAUCAACGGCUGAACCAGGACGAUGGGAGGGGGCUUACACAGGGAGUCUCUGACAACCGACCCCUGCUCUCCCUGCUCUUCCCCCUCCACUCCUCCACUCCCCUCUUCCCCUCACCUCCUUCCUCGCCCUCAGAGCGGGUGGCUACAGAUGGUGCAAGAACGAAGGCUGAACCAGGACGAUGGGAGGGGGCUCACUCAAGGAGUCUCUGGCAACCACCCGCUGCUCUCCCGGCUCUUCCCCCUCCGCUCCUCCCUUACCCUCUUCCCUUCACCUCCCCAACUCCCCACCAGAGUGGUUGGUCCAGCAGACGGAGGGAUGCGGCGGCUGUAGCAGAGGUAUUUGUAGCAGCCACAUCCCCGCCGGUCCCAUCUGGCAGCAACAAAGGUCCCAGCAACAAGGCUGUGGCGCUCACACUAUUCCCUCCUCCUCCUCGUGCUGCUCCUGCUCCUGUUCCUGUUCCUGCUGCUGCUGCUGCUGCUGCUGCUGCUGCUGCUGCUGCUGCUGCUGCUGCUGUUGCUGCUGCUAGUUCUGGUAAUCCCCCUCCCCUCCAGCACCAGUAG